UGUGAUGACCAUUUGAGUCGCAGCGAUCCCGGAGUCUCUUGACAAAGAAAACUCGACGCAGGCGAACCAUGCUUAGCAAAUUCUAGAACGUUUGGCUUUUGAGUUUAUGAUCGAACAGAACCGCAGGCGGAACGUUUUUUGCGAGCGAGUUUGUGGAUGCUGUUAUCAGCUGAAAGAUGCAUCGCCAUCAAACGGAGUGUCGUAGUUGGUCACGAGUGUCUGGGAAAUGACCGCGCGGAGAAUGUUUCUAAAGUUUCUCAUCGUCGGUGUUCUUUUUAUGCCAUUUUUAACCCAAGCAGAAGCAAAUAUUGAAGUUUGUUCUCCAUCGAAUACAAACAUUGUCAUUGACGCGCGGGUGCCCGGUGAAAUCUCAACACCUGAAUUCCCGGAUGGCUCACGCGACACUUCCUGUAGCUGGAAAAUACAAGCACCAGAAAAUUUCCGACUGGAAAUCACGAUCAAGGAACUGAAGCUAACUGGGAUCGAUGACUAUUUAAUAAUCCGUGAUGGUGCUGAAGCCAGUAGUCCUCUGAUUGGGAAGUAUGGCCCCUGUGCAAGUGGCUCGCUUAAACUUUUUAGCAGUGGAAAUUUUGCUUUUCUCCAAAUGGUGUCAUCUGUCUUCACGGUGAAUGACAAGCUACAAAUCGCAUUCAAGCCAACUGACCCUGACGACAUUGAUUGCUCGAAUGGAGAAAAUCCGUCAAAUUUGUGUGGCCUCAACACCUAUCUAAGAGAACCGUCAGGUGUCGUAAGCAGCCCAAACUUUCCAAACAACUAUGGCGCAAGCAGAAAUUGUUUGUGGACAAUCAUUGCCCCUCCAGGGUACCGUGUGCAAUUCACAAUUCAGUGGCUAGGCAUUGAAGACCAUCGGUAUUCCCGACCAGGGAGUUGUGGAGACGACAGCAUCAGAAUAAGCGAGUAUCGUGGAAACUAUACCAAUGAUGUGACUGUACUUUGUGGUUGCAAGCGCUUGUUUACGUUUGUUUCUUUCAUGGAGAAAAUGUGGGUGAGGUUUUCGUCCUACAAGAAAAACAACUGGCCUGGUUUCUAUGCAACCUACAAAGCUCUCGCUCCUGAAGAAUGCCCAGCAGGUAAGAGCAAUUGCUCGCUAACAAGCACUGUUGUAGUUGGUUUCGAUGCACAAGGGCAGGUCUGCAGAACCUCAGUAAAGACUACUACAAAAGUGACCAAUCAAGAGACAACAUCGCUACUACCAAGCUCUGUGAAAACAUUAGCAAGGUUAGGGAGUCUAACAAGCACCCCAGCGUUGGAAAUCACAGCAACCGUGCACCUGACAUUUUCUGAGAGUAACAGAUGGCAUUCAAACACUUCCUCCCCUCAGAAGACCACAGCAGUGGAGAUAAAGAAGCAAGGGACUGUUUCUUCAUUGACAGUCUCGCCCACGUUGAUUCUUCCAAUAGUCAACGCCAGUGUAGGAAGAAUAGUACAUUCAAGUGAAGUUAUAACGCUUACAUCCGUGUCUUUGCUGAGAUCAAACACUUUGGAACUUGCUACCUCUGUCACUAGUUCAUCAAGUUUUCCGAAACAAACUCUUAUUCAAGCUAGACGCUCUUUUGCUACGGCCGAGGACAGCAACGGCAUACGAUCUCCCAUUGGCCAAAUUAAAACUCCAAGGGAUGCUAUCACGUCUACCGGAACAGCAAGUUACGUCUUAGGAACCAAAAAUACAGCACCUGUAGUUCCAACAAGUUCUUUAGCUCGAGCGGACCAUGUUAUUUCUACAAGUAAACCCGAAGAUUUUUCCAGCGAGGGUAUUAGUAUGAAGCCAAGCAAAGCAAGUGAGGAGACCCCCUCUGGUCCAGAAAAAACGCCGAUAGAGCGGCCUACCACACAGUACAUUCCAGUCAACGGUACAGACAAUCCUUUGAUAGGUAAAAAUGAAAAUUGAUUAUCAUUAUUACUUUGUUGUUCGACUUAAGCUCGAGA